GUCAAUUAAUGCCUCGAGAAGGCACAUUGAUAGCAUGUAAAUAUUGAAAUACACGUUGUAAACUAAAAUAUCAAAUUCUAGAAAAUAUCUCGAGAUUAAUUGUGACGUUGGGUUUGCAUUGUUCAUGCAAUAAUCUACAUGGAAGGCAUGGGAUUUUUUUUUUCGUGAGUCAAGUUAACUUCUUGACGGAAGUUGAAUUGUGACGUAAAGGCAUCGAAGCGGUCUUCCAUUUUCUCAACUCACUUGGCUACCAGUGAGCACGUGUUUUGUUGCCGGUCAUUCGUUUCACAUCAUUCUAACGAGUUUAAGGAGCGUCGACAAUUGAUAAUUGUCACUCACUGUCGACGAAAAGUACAAAUUAAUUUCCAAACAUCAUGAAUCCCGAGAAGUUGAAGAAGUUACAGGCACAAGUGCGAAUUGGAGGUAAAGGUACACCCCGCCGUAAGAAGAAGGUUGUUCAUGCCACUGCUGCAACGGAUGACAAAAAAUUGCAAAGCUGCCUAAAGAAGUUGUCUGUCAAUACGAUUCCUGGUAUCGAAGAGGUCAAUAUGAUCAAGGACGAUGGCACUGUGAUCCACUUCAACAAUCCAAAGGCUCAAGCAAGUCUCUCGGCCAACACAUUCGCCAUUACUGGCCAUGGUGAAAACAAACAGAUAACUGAAAUGUUGCCGGGUAUUUUGAGCCAACUGGGGCCAGAGGGUUUGACUCAAUUGAAACGAUUGGCAAGCACGGUCACUGGAAGUACAGUGGCCAAGACUGCCAUGGAGGAUGACGAUGAGGUUCCCGAUCUAGUUGGCAAUUUCGAUGAGGCGAGCAAAGAAGAAGUGGCGCCAAAGAAAGAAGCUGAAGAGCCUGAGAAACCCGUUGCUGAUAAAAAAGAUUCGGCGACCGUUGAUGACAAGAAGGAAGCGCCUCUAGCCAAACCAGAAGUCUAAAAGGCUCAAAUCCAAGCAUGCUCAUCCAGACAUACAGUUGUAUUUAAUGAGUUAAAAGACACAAAUUGGUCCGGCGAGGAUAGAUUUGUAACCCCCGACGGAAAAAAAAGAGUUACAAAUGUUUGACAUACUCUGUGUUACAAUUAAAUGAGUAACAAUUGAUAUGAAAAAGAAGCAAAAAGUUGAAAAAAAAAAAACAAAAAAUAAAAUAAAAAUAAACUACAAUCUUUGACGACUUCAAGUGUUCCAGAUCAAAUUAAAUGACUCAUUGAUACAUAAACAAUAAAGUUUACAGAGCACAUGAAAUUCAUCUGGAAAUUUUUCUCUAGGUAUAUUUCGUUAUUUAGUAUUCACUUUCAAACAAUGGAUGAAUGAUGUGUACCGAUUACCCAGUUAUAUGAAAUCACAAAAAUUCAGUUAGAUGCUGAAAAGUCCAAUUUUCAGACGUCCCGGCCAGUGGGUAUUGCGAAUAAAGUCGCGACAUUCUUAAAAAUAUUAUGUAAAAUUAAACUUGAUAGAUAAUACAAAUAAAUGUGGGGCAAAAAAAAUGAAUGAAAAGCGUUUAUCGGAGUAGAAGCCUCUGAAAUUUUGUUCAUUAAAAAAAAAGUGUCAGAAAAUACGAGUUACAAAGACAUGUUAUUCAUAUCUUUUAAUUUUCCAUUGUAGUUUGUGGGCUGAAAUAUUUUGUAAUGUAACAAAUUUAAUAAAUUUCUUUGCUGAUAACAAA